AUGGUUGUCCCUAAGGCUAAAGUACCGGAUGUCCUACAGCUGUACCAUAGUGGUUGUUCAGGAGGCCACCUGGGAGUUAAGCGAACUCUCCUGAAGAUCCGAGAACGGUUUUACUGGGUCCACUGUCGUGACGAUGUCGAGGACUGGUGCCGCAAAUGUACAAGUUGUGCGGCUGUAAAGGGACCUCAAAUUCGUAGUAGAGGCGCAUGGAAAUUGUACAAUGUUGGUGCACCAUGGGAGAGGAUAGCCAUUGACGUUGCGGGGCCGUUUCCAGAAACUGAAAGUGGUAACAAGUAUUUCAUGGUAGUGAUGGAUUACUUCACUAAGUGGCCAGAAGUCUUCGCCAUUCCAAAUCAAGAAGCUUCAACAGUUGCAGAUAAACUAGUUCAUGAAGUCUUCUGUCGUUAUGGAGUACCUUUAGAGAUUCAGAGCGAUCAAGGAAGGAAUUUUGAGUCUCAAAUAUUCCAGGAAACUUGCCGAGUUAUGGGUACUCAGAAAACACGAACAACUUCUUACCACCCACAAUCUGAUGGAAUGGUAGAAAGAUUUAAUCAGACAUUGGAGAGGUACCUAGCAAAAGUUGUGGAAAAACGUCAACGAGACUGGGACAGGCACAUUUCACAACCCUUUUUGUUGUCAUAUCGAAGCGCUGUUCACGAAAGUACAUCAGUGACACCAGCUUUCGCAAACUUUGGGAGAGAAUUGCGGCUGCCUGCAGACCUGAUCACCGGAAUACCACCUGAUGCCCCACGCAGUAUAACCGAUUAUGCAAAUGACUUGCGGAACAAAAUGAAUGACAUUUAUGAGCACGUCAGACAGACGGGCCAGCAAACGUCUGAGAAGAUGAAAACACGGUAUGACCGCAAAAUGAACAACAAGGGGUUUGAUGAAGGUUCACUAGUGUGGUUACCCAAUCCAGUUCGCAGCAAAGGGAAAUCUCCUAAGCUUCAAGCUAAAUGGGACCGACCGUACCGGAUUGUGACAAGGAUCAAUGAUGUAACCUACCGGAUACAGAAAGGUGCCAGAGGUACUCCUAAGAUUGUCCAUGUGGAUCGACUGGCGCGUUAUUAUGGGGCCAAUAAUGCUCGGGACGAGCAUGUCUUAGGAGGGGGCAGUGUUGCGCGCCACUAUUAA